UCUAGGGUAUAAAAAACCCCAAUUCUCUCCGCCCAAAAAAAAUUCUCAAUUCCAAACAAUCAAACGUUCAACCAGAGGAAAAAAACAUCAAUAAUCACAAUAACGUCGCCAAUUAAUCUUUUAUAAAAUGGCGACGUUUGAGCUUUACAGAAGAUCAACGAUUGGGAUGUGUUUGACUGAGACUCUUGAUGAGAUGGUUCAGAGUGGUACUCUUAGCCCUGAGCUUGCCAUCCAGGUCCUUGUCCAGUUUGAUAAGUCUAUGACUGAAGCUUUGGAAUCGCAAGUUAAGAGCAAAGUGUCCAUUAAGGGACAUUUGCACACGUACAGAUUUUGCGACAAUGUGUGGACUUUCAUUCUACAAGAUGCUCUGUUUAAGAAUGAGGAUUCUCAAGAGAAUGUUGGUAGGGUCAAAAUAGUGGCAUGCGACUCAAAGCUGCUCACACAAUGAGUUCCGUAAAAUUAUUCAUUUGUCUUCCAGUAGUGGAAGUGGAUGGCAGCAAGGCAGAAUUGAGUCUCAUCUACGGUCAAAUGACAAUUAAAUAGAUAAUCUAGUUCUGGAAAUCAGAUGCAUUUCUGCAGAUAUUUUUAUAUUCAAGCCGGAAACCAAAACAAUAACUCUAAAUAUUUGAUCUAGACUAACUUAUUCAGUAAUGAAGAGAUCUGAACUUGUUAAGACAAGAUAUGAUGAAAGUUUACAAGCAGAUAACUUGCUUUCAGAUUGUUA